AAAUAUACAUAUUCAGCAAUGCUAGCAAUGGUUCCUGCUUCUCUUCAUCCUCACAUUGAAAAACAAACUAAAAAAUCAAGUUUAGCACUUCCUUCGGGAAAAACGAUUGCUGAUUUUGCUUUGGAUCCAUAUGCUGGGCUUUUAUCUACUAAAGAACGUGAAUGGCUCAUUAAAAUACAUUUGAUUCAAUGUCUAGGCACAGGAGAUCCAAUGACGGAUGACUAUUAUUAUGCGGUUUGGAAGCAAAGAAAUAGUUUGAAAAAAGCACCUGAAACUUGGCAAAAAGAUGCAAGACCACCGAGAUAUUAUUCUUUUGAUGCAACUUUUCCUUCUAGGGACUAUAUUGCACCGUCGUUUGCAGGCGCUCUAGGAAGACCUACUCAUUCAUCUUCUUGUCAACCAAGACAGAUACUUUCAGUUCAUUAUGACGGUGAGGACGAUUCAAUUGCUGAUUUUGCUGGUAAUACAAAACAAACUGCUGCAACUAGACAAAGACGUCUUCGUCUGAUUCUUAUGAAGAUAGAAAAGGCUGCUCUAGCUCUUAUUGAUUGUCGCGAUAUUCGAAGAAAAUUGAGAUUUUUUGAGGAAACAGCUAUAACUGAAUAUAUUGAUAAACAUGAAAUAGUUGAUCGACUUGAACGUUUUGCAGAGAAUAUUUCAUUUAUUAAUACCUGCAUUUUCGUUCCAGACCAAAUACCAAUUGUAAUGCUUAUUCAAAAAGGCCGUCAAUUAGUAUAUGAUUGGUUACAAUUUUUAUGCACAAAAGAUGAAAGGAGACAGCAAGGAGAUAAUGACAAAUUUAUUAAAUAUUUGUGCAUGGUUUUAGAAACGAUGGACAGAUGGGGAAAAAGAAUUUUUGAUGAAGAAUCGGUACAGUCAUUUGCUACAGAUUUUUGCACGCUUUUUACUCAAAUCACAUCAAGAGAUGAACUUUUAUCAAUUCUUCGUUCAACAAAUUUUGGAAAUUCUGUCAUAAAUGAUUCCAGGUUAAUUCAAACAAUGUUUUUUUCUUUAUUAACUGCGUUGAUUCAAAUAUGUGAUAUUACAAACACUACUUUAACAUUACGAGAAAUAGAAAGUAGCGGCAGUAUUUGCUAUUUUCUUUUUCUUAUGCCAGCUUCUAAUUGUGAAGUUUUGCCUGAAAAUACAAAUAAUUCGUCUUUUUCUGGAGUAAUUAAUUGGAAUUUUAUUAAAUGUUGGUUAAAUGAACAAAAGUUGCAGGGAAAUCGCUUUGUUGAAGGUUCAGUGGCUCAAAAAAUCUGUCAGGCUUGUUAG